AUGGGCCCCUGUACCGCCUCCCCAUGCUGCUGCCAGGCCCGUAAUCUGCCAUGGGCCCCUGUACCGACUCCUCAUGCUGCUGCCAGGCCCGUAAUCUGUCAUGGGCCCCUGUACCGCCCGCCUCAUGCUGCUGCCAGGUCCAGAGUGUGUCAUGGGUCCCUGUACGGCCUCCCAUUGCUGCUGUCUCUAUCGCCACACUCUCUGCCAUGUGCCACUUUCAGGUCUCCUCACACUGCUGGUGGUUUCCAUUUUUGUCAUAGGGUGCUGUAUGGCCUCCCAUUGCUGCUGCCUCCACCGCCACACUGUGGCUCCACACUCUGGUUUUGGCCCCGUGACUGCCCAAAUGAGUGAAGUGUGCGGUGAUUCUAAGAUCGACGGCACUCAUCUGCAUGUCAUACUGACUGACAGUAUUAUUUCUCUUCCCCAGCAGACUCCAAGGGCAUUUAAAUUAAAGGUACAGUGUUCUGCACUAAUAUUA